CCCUCUCGAAGUUUUCACAGAAUCAGAGGAUUCAGUAAUACACCUGUCGUUAAGCCGAAUUAAUAGAUUAAUACGUUUUUGACGCCUGUCUAUGGAAGCUCCUGCUUAACAUCAUGUGUUAACGAUUCGUUUGGAUAAUAGGCCUACCAAUAGGACAUAGAAAUGAAAAAGUCAACGUUUUUUUUGGGUCGAAAGAACCAAUCACUUUUCGACACCAAUAUUAAAAUCAAGGAGAUGGACAAUGUUGAGCUGGUGUUGGAUUCAUCAGCCAUUCCUGAAUCAGGCACUGCCAAAGUGAGGAACAGACCCACAGUAAAGCACUUCACGUCCUCCUCUGAUGUUGUACAAGGGUUUAAUGUACCAACGCCCAAAGUUCCUGUCCUCCCCCCUUUCAACAGACCAAAGAUCAACGGGGCAGUAAACGGUGAACGGUUGUCCAAUGGAUCUGCUGUAUCUGUACCUGAUUUGGUGGAGGGAAAGAUAUUUAUUCCACCUCCACCUUCGAUGGCCCCCCCACCCCCUCCACCCAUAUUCAACCCUCCCCCACCAGAUUUCUUGGGUGACCUCGACUCCAUUCAGCCUCCCUCCAUGCCCCCUCCAAAACCCCCAUCAGUUGCCCCCUCUGAAGGGAACAAGAAUGUUUUCACCUCCAUGAAACUUCCACCUAUGGCCCCUCCGAAGCCCCCGUCAACUUCCUCCAGUGCUUCUAGUUCCUCUUUGUCCAGUUCUACACCACCACCAACCACUGUCCCUGUUAUCACAGAGCCCCCAAAGUUUGCCCCUCCACAGCCCCCUACAGACAUGAGGCAAGCUGCUCUGAAAGCCCUGAAGACACCGCCUACAAAGCCAAUGAGGCUGUCCUCCAUCCCCAUUAUGUGUGAACUCCCCCAGGUUCCAGCCCCAGCACCCCCUGUACAGAACCCUAGACCGUCCAGCUUCAACCCCCAGAACACAGCUAAGCUCUACAGUGUUCCUAAGACCGGCAUUCUAGAUAGGCAGGUGGAAGGUGAAAAUAAGCACAAGCAGAUCCUACUGCUGCAUGACCCUGGGUCUACUGACUCUAUCCUGGUCAAUGGGACAGCCCCCUCUGUGGCACCGCCAGUUAAGCCAGCCCGGAGAAACAGCUCGGGUAUGCAGCUGGAGCAAGACCUGAAGGAGUUAAAUGAUAAUUUUAAAGCCACUCUUCAAGGCCAACCCACCCCACCUGAGACUCGGAAGGAAGUGAAAGUGGGGCCUUUAUUAGCACAGCAGGCUAUCAACAAACCUGCCGAAACUCCCACUAAAGCAUCACCAAUGCUUCAGGUCGUCACUGCCCCUGUAAACAUAGAGGCUAGCCAGGUCAAACACAAAGUGUCUCCAAACCGGAGUCGCAAGUUCAGUCCAAUGCUGGACCGUAAACUGCGCAACCUAAAGUUCAGUGCGGUCACUGGGACAAGGGAGGGUCCUGCCACUUCCCCCCUGGCUCUUCUCAUGGCGGCUAAAGAGCGAGAGAAGCACAGGUCCACUUUGUCACGCGAAAACAGCACAAAGAGUAAUGAGCCAUCCACCAGCAUCCAGCACAGCGAAUCCAAUCCCAAUUCUUUCACCAUCAUCCCCAGGUCCACCUCAUUCACUUCGGUGACCUCACAAGAUAAUCCACAGUCUGUGGUCCCAGUGCAGCCCCCAGUGGUGAUCCAGACUCCAGCAAAACCCCAGAUCAUUGAGUCAGUGGUGGAAAAGAGGCCAAUUGCAAAUCCAGUAUUUCAGGGGCUCCUGGCUGUGGAGAAACAAAGUGGAGAGCAGAGGAUUUCUUCCCCCUUUAGCCUUGUCAGGAAUGAAGAGAACAGGGAGGACCUAUGCUUGCCAUUACUCCCUCCCCCUCCCGAAUUUGAUGACCAUAAUGAUGUCGGGAGUCUCCCCCCAGCUCGCCUCCACCUGACCCUCCCCCAAAGAAGGUCCUGGACCCCAUUCCCACCCCUGCCUUUCCAGUCCUGCCCCCCACUGCCAGCCUUAUCGUUCCUGUCAAAACUCCCUCCCCUGCGCCCCCCCCUCCUCCAAAACCCAAACCGCCAAGCCCUCCCAAACUCCUGCCUCCCGUCAUGGAGGUCAAACCCAAGCUACCUGUUCAGACCACACCCAAGCCACCUCCCACCCAGGCGUCCUCCUCCCUCUCAGCCAGCCAGGCCACGCUCCUGACCAUCCUGCAGAAGAAGAUGCUGGAAAUGGACCACAAAAUGGACAACAAAAUGCUGUCCAUGAAGACAGACUCUGAUGACUGGGGUUCUCCCUUGUCUGAGGAGACCAUGGUCCCUGUUGUCCCCAGGGUCACCCCGCAGACCCCUGUUAUCACCGCAAAGAGCAAGAAUGCCACCUUGUCAGCCAGAACACAAGGCCUGGACAUGAAGGAGCUGGAGACUAAAAUGGCCAAGAAUUCUCAGGGUUUGUCAGCUCCAUCAAAAGUACCCAUCAGCAAUGGGCCACAGUCAAAGCAGGCACAUGGCAUGACUUUCAUGGUACGACCCGGAACCAAACAACCAAUAACUGUUGUCAGCAAAGGGGUCUCAUCAUGAGGAGCCAAUUUCAAAUUAUACCACACAUACAAUUUAAUUCAAUUCAAUUAAAAUAACUUUUAUUUCCAGAGGGAACUAUAUGUGUGGUGACGGGUCUGUACAAGACAAAUAACAAAAUAGCAACAUAGAACACAAACGUAGUGUAAUAGAUUAGGAGCAAUCUAUGCAACCACAGGCUAUAUAUACACAUACAGUACCAGUCAAAAGUUUGGACACCUACUCAUUCAAGAGUUUAUUUAUUAUUACUAAUUUCUAAAUUGUAGAAUAAUAGUGAAGGCAUCAAAACUAUGAAAUAACACAUAUAGAAUGUGUUAAACAAAUCAAAAUAUAUUUUAGAUUCUUCAAAGUAGCCAGCCUUUGCCUUGAUGACAGCUUUGCACACUCUUGGCAUUCUCUCAACCAGCUUCAUGAGGUAGUCACCUGGAAUGCAAUUAAGUAUAUUAUGAUUUGUUUAACACUUUUUUUGGUUACUACAUGAUUCCAUGUGUUAUUUCAUAGUUUUGUCUUCACUAUUAUUCUACAAUGUAGAAAAUAGAAAAAACAAAGACCCUGGAAUGAAUAGGUGUGUCCAAACAUUUGACUGGUUCUGUAGAUACAAAUAAAAACAAGAAAUACAAGAGUUGAGUUUUAUGGAUGUUGGCACAAAACUAGAAGCUGCCCUCUUAGAUGUGUAUGCCAGAGAUCUAUGUCUGAGGGUAGGUGGCUAUACUGGUCAUGGAGUGUGUGCGUAAUGUCCAAGGCUAUUUGUUCCCACUUCUUCCUCACUAUUUUAUAUUUAUUUAUAGACGUCACUGAGGGGUUCCUGGCUUUCUCCAAUGAUUUUUAGUACUCUGUUCAACAGUAUAUUUGACUGCUGCAGUUUAAUCAGUGUGUGAUAGUAUACAUUGCCUUAUUUAUCUUAGGCAGACCUAAUAGAUUUAAAAACAAAAGCACAGUCUGCUUUCAAACUAGCAGCUGUGAAUUGCCAGUCUUAAUAUAUACAGGAUGUUAUUGUAAAAGGACGUACAAAUUGUUUUGCUUAUAGGUUGAGUGCCACAGUACCUGUAUAUACUGUAUAUGUUAACAUACGGAAUUGAAAUGUAGCCUACUAGAAUACAUUUAGAACACACAUACUGUAUAUAGUUCACUGUACUAAACUUGUUCCAAACAAUGGAUCACUAAAUAAAAACAAAAGUUGUCAGGCAUUUGCCACAAUGACAUUAAAAAUGUACUUUUACAUUUGUGCUGAAGUCUAGCUAUUGCGUCAGUCAUUAUUAAAGCUGCUCAUAUAUAUCUCCAUCCAAAUGUAAUCUAAUUAAAACCAUGAUGCCUCAAAUACUGGAUGUGAAAAUGUAAGGGUUGGUAAAUGACAUUGGAGGAAGAAUAGUGUUCGUGGACAUCUAAUUUUGGUCAAGUCCUUUUACCCUGAAUUGUCUUUCAUGUGGUGGUCUGUUGGAUUUCUCCUUGUAACAUAAAAUUAUGCCAAAUAUACCAGGGCACAGACCACUCCUUUGUUUGGUUAUUUUUUGGGGUUAUGUAAUAAAAUCUAUUUUUAAAGUCGUGAA